AUUUGUGCGGUCCUCACUUCCUUCCUUCCGACGGGGCUUCGGUCUUCUCCGAUGCCAAGCCAGAUGAAGCUGGGGAUUCUUCUUCCCGAGUCUUCGUUUUGAGACAGCCAGCUUACUCUCAUUGGAAACAGGAAUAACCGAUGCCCAAUACUUCUCCUUUAGUAGACAAGCUUCAAUUUGCCUUUUCACCAAAUCUGUCUCCUCUCACAAUGAUUGUACUCCAAAUGACACCAAUCCCAGCUCUGCACAUGGCAUCACCAAUUCCUUCUCUUAUCAAAAUGACCAGAGCUCACUGUCAGAGGUCAUCUUGGAGCAAGAAGAAGAAGAGCAGCAUUGCAUCCGGCUAUAAUAAGCCCAUUAGGGCUGCAGCAGCAGGAGCAGAAGAGAGCUCUUCAGGCUUAUUAAGAACUGAUCAAGAAAACGAAAAUGGAGAACAUGAUGAGGAUUCAAGAACUCCUACCCAGAUCAAAGCUGACCUCUAUGAAGCAGUUCAAGGCAUUAACAGGGGUAUUUUUGGAAUCCCAUCAACAAAGAAAUCUGAGAUUGAGAGUCUGGUCAAGCUGUUGGAAUCCAUGAAUCCAACUCCUGAGCCAGCCUUUACUCUCGAAAAGGUGAGUGGAUGCUGGAAGCUUGUUUAUAGCACAAUAACAAUUCUUGGCUCCAGAAGAACAAAGCUUGGAUUGAGGGAUUUCAUCAGCUUGGGUGAUUUUUUUCAGACCAUUGAUGUUUCUAAGGGAAAAGCAGUUAAUAUAGUAAUGUUCAAUGUGAGGGCAUUGAAUUUUCUAAAUGGACAGCUAAAGAUUGAGUCGUCCUUCAAGACUGCAUCCAAAUCUAGAGUUGAUAUCGAGUAUGUUGAUUCUUCCAUAACUCCAGAGCAGUUAAUGAAUGUGUUUAAGAAGAAUUAUGAUAUCUUGCUGAGCAUAUUCAAUCCAGAGGGGUGGCUGGAGAUCACAUACGUUGACGAUACAUUGAGGAUAGGAAGGGAUGAUAAAGGCAAUAUCUUCAUUUUGGAGAGAUGACAUUAUGAGAAUACAAAGUUUUCUUCUUGGCUCCAGAUGGAAUGAAAUGAACAGUCAUAAUAGAGGUACAUUGUUUGGUUGUAAUUGUAAAAAUCUUUAUCUUUCAUUUACCCAUUUCUCCUGUAAUUGUUGACCAUUUAAUUAAGUCGAUUACACAUACAUUAGUUUUGGA